AUGGAGGUAACUGAUUCGGUUCCUACCUUGGAAAUCCCGAGAGACCAUGUCGCAGAAACAGCUAAAGAAAUGGUUAUUGGUAUUGUAGGGGGAGUCACACAGGUUAUGAUUGAUAUUAUGAAGGUGCGGAUGCAGACUAGAGGAAAUGGGGACAUGUUCUCUGUUGCACGCAAUAUCUGGUCUCUUGAAGGCCCUCUAGCUUUCUACAAGAUUAGCAUAGUGUAUUCGUCCUUCCACGCUUUUAGUCAAUUCUUUGACACUGUUGGCGACGAUAGCCAUACCAGCAUUGACGGAAAGACCAGUCUGGGACGAAUUUAUCUAGCAGGAGGAAUGGCCGGUGUUGUGAACAGUUUCGUCUCAGGCCCUACCGAACACGUCAGGAUACGACUCCAGACUCAAACUCAUGAGAAGUCCAGCCGCCUUUACUCAGGAACAGCGGAUUGUGUACGAAAGAUAGUCAGACAAGCUGGGAUGCGGGGGCUAUAUCGAGGACUUACGGCGACUAUGUUGCGGGAGUUCGGCAGCUAUGGGAUUUGGUUCUCUUGCUUUGAGGUUUUCGUUCAGGAGAUUUCCAAAGUGCAAAAUAAGAAACGGGACGAACUUCCCAAAUGGCAGAUUGCUUGUUGCGGAGCUCUCGUCGGUGAAAUCCUCUGGAUAACAAACUAUCCGAUGGACAUCAUCAAGAGCAAAAUGCAAACAGAUAGCUUCGGCGAGAAGCAACAAUAUCGCACCACCCUUGAUGCGGUUCGCCAGACUUUCAAUGCCUACGGAUUUAAAGGCUUUUACCGUGGAUUGACACCAACGCUAGUCCGUGCAAUUCCAGUAUCGGCAGGGACAUUUACGAUCUAA